AUUCGAGCAGCGAGCGAGACAGUGUUGCGGAGACCGCGACCGGCAGCAGUGAGAACAGAUUUUCUGGUGCACGUCAUCGAACUUCGGGAUUACCAUGGCUUUGUCCCGUCUUCUUCCUACUUCCAGGGCUCUCUGCCAGCAGAGGCUCCCGGCUGCUUUAUGCAUGUCCUCCAGGAACGUUUCGGCCGACUCGACCGAUCUGAAAGGCAUCUUGGCCGACAAGAUCGCCGACGAACGAGUGCGCGUGAAGGAGUUCCGGCAGAAGUUCGGUAGCCAGACCGUCGGUGAAGUCACCGUGGACAUGAUGUAUGGAGGAAUGCGGGGUAUCAAGGGUCUCGUCACCGAAACCUCCCACCUGGACCCGGAGGAAGGUAUCGCUUUCAGAGGAUACACCAUCCCCCAGCUCCGAGAGAAGCUCCCGAAGGCACCGGGAGGUGAGGAACCCCUCCCCGAAGGUCUGUUCUGGCUCCUUCUGACCGGGCAAAUCCCCAGCGAGGCCCAGGUGAAGUCCGUGUCGAAGGCUUGGGCUGAACAAGCUGAUCUCCCGUCGCACGUUGUGAACCUCCUCAACAAUUUGCCUGCUAAAGUUCAUCCGAUGAGCCAGCUGUCGGCCGCCAUCACCGCCUGCAACACUGAGUCUAAAUUCGUCAAGGCCUACAAUGAGGGCGUGAACAAGAUGACUUACUGGGAGCACACCUUCGAUGAUUCGAUGAACCUCAUCGCUAAGCUGCCUACAAUCGCCGCAAUCAUCUACAAGAACGUAUACCGAAACGGCGAAUCGGUCGCCCCGAUCGAUGGUGACAAGGAUUGGUCGGCCAACUUCUGUAAGAUGCUCGGCUACAACGAGCCCCAGUUCACCGAACUCAUGCGUCUGUACUUGACCAUCCACUCAGACCACGAAGGAGGCAACGUUUCUGCUCAUACUUGCCACUUGGUCGGAUCCGCUCUUUCCGAUCCGUACCUGUCGCUCGCUGCCGGCAUGAACGGUCUCGCCGGUCCGCUCCACGGUCUCGCCAACCAAGAAGUUCUCGUCUGGCUGACCAAGCUCCAACAACAGCUCGGCAAGGACGUCUCCGACGAGCAACUUAAAGAAUUCGUGUGGAAGACUCUGAAGAGCGGUCAGGUCGUUCCCGGAUACGGCCACGCUGUCCUGAGGAAAACCGAUCCUCGUUACACCUGCCAGCGCGAGUUCGCUCUCAAACACCUGCCCAACGAUCCGAUGUUCAAACUGGUUGGACAGAUCUACAAGAUCGUUCCUGAUAUCCUCCUGCAGCUCGGCAAGGUCAAGAACCCAUGGCCCAACGUCGACGCCCACUCCGGAGUUCUUCUCCAGUACUACGGCAUGCGAGAGAUGGGAUACUAUACAGUGCUCUUCGGAGUUUCUCGCGCUCUCGGAGUUCUGUCUUCGCUCGUCUGGGACCGUGCCUUGGGUCUGCCCAUCGAAAGACCCAAGUCAAUGACUACCGACGGUCUCAUGAAGCUCUGCGGAGCAAAGUAAAUCCGGAACCUCUAAAUUCAAUCAAAUUCAUCCAUAGGUAGACUCGUUGGAGCGACAUCGUGGGGUUCCGGAAUCGACGUCCGGAUCUUCAGUCGAUUCAUUGAAUGGUAGAAAGACGAAAUGAUUUUAGUUCGGAGGCGUAGGCCGGGCCAGGCUCGAAAUUCAGUUCAAGCUAGUGUUUGGAGAGAGAAACAACCCAUCGAUAUUAUUAGUAGCCCAGUUAAUUUUCUUCCCCCGGAAUCGUCGGCUUUCCGACAUAGUUCCUUUUCUACAGACUAUUGACGUUAUGAUACGGUGCGCCACCUCCCUCGCCCGGUUUCUCUUCUUUCAAAGUUCGAAGCUUAGGGAGCUUGCAAAAUGUCACCAAUGGCACUCAGACCGAGGACUAAUGGAACGCACGCGAUUUCCGGUCUGGGAAACAAUGGAUAGAAUAUCUUUAGUACAAAUCCAUACCCGUUUCGCCAUCCGCCGCCUUUCGGCCUCGUCGAUGUGAAAUACGACAGAUCUGAAACAUCACCACUCGUCGACGAGACAAAGUGCUGCGGGUCAAUCCCCCAACCAAGCCCUGACCACGGCCACCAACCCCGAUCAAGCCCCCCUCUCACCCCACUUCUCACCCGGUAUCUCCGAAAACUCAGAAUUUUUUUCCUCAUAGUCCUUCAUAGAUUGUUUUCUCUCCCUGCGUCCCCUCCCGCCCUCUGACCGGGGAUACUCGGAGCAGCAGGAAAACCUCUGCCAAUGGUUGCGGAUGAUUGUCGUAGACUGUCUAAUUGAGGUCGGAAAUAGUUGAUGCGUGAAGAAGAGAAACGAUGUCCUUCACUCCCUCUGGGGUAAAUGAAUGUGUUCAGCAGCGGAUCAACUUUUUUGAAUUGGAGUGUAGAUUCUAAUUGACGAAGCGAACGCGGGGCUCUUCAGGGCAAUGCUGUUGAGCCCGAGGCGUCAGAACGGAUCGGAUUAUUCGGAACCUCGGAGAAAAUAUGCUUUUCAAGGAAUCGACGAACGUCUGCUCCGACAACGAUUGUGGUCGGCUCGUCGAUAGCCCAUGGAGCGAGCUUUUGGUCUCGGAUUGAAUCUUCGAGCCUGAGUGUGAGGUUUUCACCGUCACGCUUGCGAUGCUCUGGAAGUCAUCUCGAAGUGCAUGCCGGCUGUUUUGAGAACGUUGAGUAGGGAACAAUCUCAUUUUCUGUUCUGAGAGGACUGAACAUCUACCGCGUUUCAUGCGAUCGUCGUUAAAUUGAGCGAAAAUAAAUUAAAUGGUCGAGUACUUAAUACA